GUUCCCUCUGGAAUAUUUUCUGCGCUUGUGAUCUUCUGCUGGGUGCAUACCCCCGGAAAUAUCAAUAAACUACACGUUUUCUCACAUUUAGUGAUUAAAUACCUCGACACUUUCCACUCGUGGAUAUAUUUUCUAGACGCCAAUACUGAAGAGACUACCGGUAUCCAAGGAACCCACAACCAUAAUUGACAGUAAUGACUUUGGCUUGGAAGGGUAUUCUCAACGGCUGGCAAUGCACAUUACUUUUACUGCCAUCAGUUGAUAUAUCAUAUAGAUGACAGGGGAUUAUCUGCAACAUUCUUGUCCAGCAAAGGAAUCUCUUGAGCUGAAUUGAAGCAUUGAAAGAUCCAGGAUUUUACUCCAGUUGAUGGCACAGUACGCGGAAAAGUAGUAAACCAAGUCAACUCUCUUAACAUCGGCGGACAGCAAGACAUAUAGGAAAGGAAGACUUUCAUCUCAUAAGUUAUUCGAAAAAAAAACUGCAUCCACUACCUAACAAAAACAUUUGAAACGGGUCAGACCAACUGACGUUUUGAUCUUCAUAUACUUAUUGUGUGUGUAAACCACUGUAUUUCCCUGCGGUCCCUAAUUUGUUACAUGUUAUUUCAAUCUCACAUUUCAGUAAUCUAUUCUACAUGUGCAUGAAUAUUUUGUGAUUUUUAAUUAAAGAUUACAAUCUAUAUCUUUAAGUCUGAAAUACUUCAUUAAAAUACACAAUGGAAAAAAUAAUUGUUUUGAUCACUUUACUAAUUGCCCAUGUGUAUGCAUCUGAAGGAAUAUCCUUAAUGCAAGGACAAGAGGCCAACUUGAAUUUCCCAUAUCCAUGUGAUAGUACAGAAGUCACAUUACAGCAAUCAAACAGACGGCCAUUUUAUAGUUCAACAGGUGACUCAUCACUGUCUUUGCCUGAUAGUCAGGUUCAAAGAUUUAAGGUUAAGAAUAUAAUUAAUAGUGGGCGCUGCUCUCUGGAUCUUACAAUAAGGGAUCUCAUGAGAGAUGAUCAAGGGACGUAUAUAUUGUUUGCAUAUAAGGAUGGUAACAUAUUACAUGAUGAUACACAUAGAGUAUGGCUUCAGGUAGAUUACCCUCCUGGUAAGGAAUCAUGUGGUAUGGGUGAUGAUGAGGGUGGAGAUGGGGUAGAGGUAGAGAACACAGCUAAUGCUGGAAGUCUACCAGGAAAGAUUAAAUGCUAUGAAGAUGGUCUGUGGAUACCCCCAUCGAAUGAACCUAUAGAGACGGACUCAUUGAAACAGAAAAUACUCAACAGGAAAUCAGAGCCAGCAUUUUGCUGUUCUUCUACAUUGGAUGAAUACAAAUCAAGAUGUGAAUGUAAGGAUACUGUCUUGUUUGAAGAGGAAUCCAGUCACAAAGACCCAUGUCCUACCAUCACAACACAAACUACAUGUAUGUCAAUAGAUUCUGAGUACAGAAAUACAGACAUGGUAGAGAUUACACCUACAACCUACCCCUUAUCGACAUUGACUUCUGUUAUGAAAAAGACCCCAUAUUAUGUAGGGUUAAUAAUUUUGUCUUGUUUUAUAUUAACUUUGAUCAUAAUAUCAGUACAAAUAGCCAACAAUAAUCUUAGACUUGUAUGAUGCAUCAAAGGAUCUGUCUACAUCAACAAAUGUUGAUAGUGAUGAUGCUGAAGAAUUUCUUAUGGUGAAACUGGAUCCAAAUCGUCAAGAAUUAAAGACAUCUGAUACAUUUAAAAUGAAAAUAGAUAUUAUGAAAUAUGAAGGACAUAUCCUUUUUGGUAAAUUCAUACAAAGUCAAAUGACAAUGUUAUUGUUUGAUAUCUGAUCAAGUAAAUGUAUUACAAAGGCAGGUUUGUAUACAUGUAUACUAUGACUAUACUAUCAUUACUUAUUUCAGCACUGAAUAAUUUGUGUUUGUAAACAAAUUCUAUCAUUCAGCAGAUUGACCAUUACAUUUGUAAAUUCUUUGCAAUGUUUAGCACACUUUAUGCUGAAAAACUGAUGAAUGGUAUUACCAAAUUAGGAGAUGAAAACAUGACAAGCAUUAGUAAUUAGACUAAUCACACACUUCAAAAUUAUCAUUGACUUAAUAAGGAGAGUUAUUCACUUUCUAAAUCAAAAUAAUCAAACAGCACUUAAAAAUUAAACUGACAGAAAAUUAUGAGAAUCCUUUUAUAUCCGCUGUUCUAACUUUUUUAAAACAAUUAUAACUAUUGUUCUGAUUUCAGAAACGGAGCAAUGUCACUAUCUUGAACAGUACAAUCCAGCUGUGUAAUAUCCAGUGUAAUAUACAUUAUUAAAGCAAUCUAAAUCUUAAUAACAAUGUGCUGUUGCAUUGCUAGGCACAUAAUGCAUAAUUUAUCUCAAAGUUCGUGUAAUUUCAUGACAUGCUCUUUAUAAACAAGACCUCUUAAUUACACUGAAUUUAAGCUGGGGCGGAUCCAUAGGGAGGGCCCGAAAUUUUUUUCAGCCAUAUUUUCCACUUUUAGUGAAAUGAAAUAAAACGGAUACAUUCAAGCAUUUUAAAUUUUGCCACCAAAAUUGAAAUUUCAAUUAAGUGCAUUCUUUACCCUUUUUGUGCCGGCUGGAUCUGAGGACAAAACUGAAUCUGACCAAAAGUCUAUAUCAGACAUCUCCAGCAUUUUUCACUAAGUUUUUAUCAUUUAAUGUGGGUUUACAUUUCAUUUUUCCUUUAAUACUUGCUUCUCCAGACUUUUCCAAGAUUGACCAUGAAUAACAAAAUAAAAAUCAAGCCUAAGCCAUAUCAUGUGGAUCACAGCUCAGUGUAAAGCAAAUACCAUCA